UUUUUUUUUUUUUUUUUUUUUUGUUAACUUCUUUCUCUCCAUUAUUGCCAGACCAUUUGCUCUCAUUUGUCAUCUUCACCAUAAAAAAUGACCACUCUGAACUUGGUUUUGGCAGUGGUUUUUUUGUACUUUAGCCUUGCUCGGCUUCAAACUUGUGCUUGGCGGCACCGGCGAGUCGAUCUCAUAAAAGGGUUUCUUUCCCUGCCACUAAAUCAGUCAAAUUUUGUCAUUCAAAGGCCUUACGAUGUGCCUGAAAAUGAGCGUUACAGCUUCAUCAAUGGUGUUCACAGGCUGUGGGUCUACUCGACUGAUAAGCCUCAUGCUCUUACCAGCCAUACUAAUCCACGGACCGAAAUCCGUAUAGCGGGAUUUGACUAUUCUUCAGGAGUAUGGCAAUUUGAAGGGUAUGGAUACAUUCCAUAUGGGACAUCAGGAGUAUGUGUAAUGCAAGUUUUCGGUUCAAGCCCUCCUCACGCCACAACUCUCAUGCUUAGGACCUAUAACGGGACCCUCACUUACUAUAGGUCUCCAGUCUUGGUUCCACACAUCUACGACCGUUGGUUCAAGUUCAAUGUCAUCCAUGAUGUGGACAACUCCACCGUUAAAGUCUACAUCGAUGGAAUUCUGACCUAUCAGGCUCCAGGACGUGGUGGGACCUCCCACUAUUUCAAAUGUGGGGUCUACGCUCAGGAUAAUAGUUCCUACUACAUGGAAUCCCGCUGGAAAGGAAUCAAAGUAUUUAAAAAACCAGGUUAUGCUAAUGGAUACUAGUCUUAUCUGCUUGUUAUCUCUUUUGGUCGUCAGUUUUUUUUUUUUUUUAACUUGUUUGUUUGUAAUCACUUUGUUUGUUGGGAAAUUCCAGGAAGGAUAUUUAAAUAAAGAUUAGGUGGUGUAUUACGUAUC